AUGCACAUAAAGCAAAUAAAAUUAAAAGGUUUUCGAACGUACAAAAAUGAAAUAACGAUCGAUUUUACGAAAGGAAUUAAUUGCAUAGUGGGGUUUAAUGGGUCAGGUAAAAGUAAUAUCCUACUGGCCAUCGAGUUUAUAUUAAGCGACAUAUGUGAGUACAAGCAGGUUUUUUUACAUGAAGGAAUAGGAAAUGCUGUUAGAAGUUGUUAUGUGGAAAUAAUUUUCGAUAAUUCUGAAAAAUAUUUUAGUAUGUUUAAAGAGAAUGAAAUUAAAAUAAAAAAAGUAUUAGAAAAUAUGAAAUGUGAAAUAUACGUUAAUGAUAAGAAUAUUAGUAAGAAUCAAUAUGUUGAGUUGUUAGAAAGUUGUGGUUUAUGUAUUAAUAACUUAUAUAAUAUUAUUAAGCAAGGACAAAUAAUAAAGUUGAGUAAUAUGCAAGAUGAAGAAAUUUUAAAUUAUCUAAAAAGUAUUUUAGGUGCAAAAAUAUUUGAAGAAAAAAAAAAAGAUGCUUUAUCUAUGUUAAAAGAAUGUGAUUCUAAAAAAGAUACAAUUGAAAAAGAAUUCAAUGAUAUGAAUACAAAAUUAGAGAGCCUACAAGAAGAAUUUGAGAAAUUUUUAGAAUAUAAAAAAUUAGAAAAAGAAAAAGUUUAUUUAGAAUACUUUUUAAAUGAAAUAAAUUACAAAAAUAUUUAUGAAGAAACACAAAUAUUAAAAUCAAAACUGCAACAAUUAAAAGGUAAAACACAAGAUGAAGAUAAUAAUUUAAAUUUAAGUAAUAGUACCAAAUCAGAAUAUACCGAAAAGUUAAAUAAAAUGAAGUUAGAAAUUGUGUCCUAUCAAAAUGAGUUAGACAAAACGGUUUCAGAAGAAAUUCAAAAUAAAAGAAAUAUUAUACAUCUAGAAAUCCUAAUUGAUGAAAAAAAAAAAGAAAAAAGCUUAAAAGAAUCAAAAAAUAAAUGCAAAAUUGAAAAUAUAAACCAGAUUAACGAAUUUAUACUCAGAGUUAAUGAAAAGUUACAAAGUCUCAAAAGUGUUAUCAAUAUAAAGGAAAGAGAAAUAGAGAAUAAGAACAAUGAAAUAAACAUGCUUUUAUCAAAAAAUAAGAUGAAUAAUACGAAGGAGGGAAGUUAUUCCCAUAAUGUGAAAAAAAUCGAAAAGAUGAUAAAUGAUAUCAAUAAAGAAUUGUCCUUUUUGGAGAAGGAGACCAUAAAAAACGAAAAAUAUCUGCAGGAGUUCGAGGAAGAGUCCAAGCUUUUAAAGGAGAAUAUUGAGGGGAAUAAAUCAUUGUCAGAAAAAUAUGUGGAUGAAAUAAAUGAACUCAACAAUAAAAUAUCACAAGGGACUGCAAAUUUAAAUAACAUAAAAAGUCAAAUGAUUGAAGUAAAUGAAAAAUAUGAAGAGAUGAUAAAAAGUUCUAAUAAAGAAAUUGUCAAAAUGGUUGAUCUUAUCUUACAAGAUGGAAAUAUAAAUAAGGAAAAUAUUUUAGGAUUCUUAAUAGACAAUAUAAAUGUAGACAACACGUAUGUCAAGGCUGUGGAUACCGUUUUGGAAAAUCAUUAUUUCACGCUAAUUGUAGAGGAUAUGAAAACAGCAAAAAAAAUAGUUGAGUUUAUAGAAAAGAAAAGAGAUGAAAAAAAAAAUAAAGAAUUUGACUUCAAAGAUUUUUUUUUCGGAAAAUUAACUAUAGUACCUUUAUUGAACAUAAAAAAAUAUAGUGAGUUUACUUAUCCAAAUGAUAAGAACAUUAUUCCGUUGAUAAAUUGUGUAAAUUAUAAUAGCAAAAUAUAUGAAUUUUUAAAAAAUAUUUUAUUUAAAACUGUUAUUGUAAAAUCGUUGGAAUCGUGUCAGAAUUAUUUAGAAGACAGUUACAACUGCGUGAACAUUGAGGGAGACUACCUAAGCAAUCAUGGUUUCAUGAAUGGCGGGUACAACAAAAAAAAAUAUGGCAUUUACACAAUAUACAACAAGUUGAAAGAAUUGAAGGAAGAAGAAAAAAAAGAGAAAAGUACUAUUGAAGAGUUAACAAAGAAAAUUGAAAAAAUAGAGGAUGAAUUAAUAGAUAUUUAUGAUAAGAAAUCAACUAUGUUAGCUCAAAAAAAUGGUUGUGUAACAACCCUUAACUCAAUUACAAAUAACAUACAUGCGAAUGAUGAAAACAUUAGAACGACCAAUGAAAAAAUAAAGUAUUUAAAAGAAAAAAAAGAAAACCUUGAAGAGUAUAAAGAUAAAUUAAAAAUACAAAUAUUACAGUUACGAAGUAAUAAUAUAAACCCAGAUGAAUCGCACAAUGGGGUAGAUGAUAUUAAUUCCUUAAAUGAUGAGGUCAAAAAAUUAAAAGAAGAGCUAAACAAAAUUAGAAAUGAGUACGAUGAUUUUAAAAAUAAGUUGGAAUUGCUCUAUCAGAAGAGAAAUGAGAAUGAUUCGAACAUAUACAUGGAGGAGUACGAAGAUGUAGACAUAGAUGAAUACAACAAAGAACUGAAGGAUAAAAAAUAUUACAUCGAAAAGAUUGAAAAGGAGAAGAUACACUAUGAGCAAAAAAUAAAACAAAUCAAGAAAGAAAUGGAAAGCGUUAAGUCCAACAUAGAUAAAAUUUUAAUAAAUGAAAAGAAGCAUAAAAAAAAAAUAUUAGAUCUUUGUCAUCAGAUGAAUCAAAUAAAUGAAGAACUUAGAAUUUUAGAAGGAAACGAGGAAAAUAUAAGAAAAAAAAAAAUUCUUUUACCACAAGGAAUAAAGGAAUUCGAAGAAUACACAAAUUAUGAUAAGCAGGAGUUGUGUUCAAAACUUAAAUCAAUUACAUUCGAACUGAAAAAAUAUUCAAACGUAAAUGAAAAGGCCGGAGAUCGAUUAAAUAUGAUGAUGAGCGAUUUUAAUGAACUAAAAAAAAGAAAUGAAGAAAUAAACACGUCUUAUAAGAAUAUUAAGGAGAUGAUACAACACAUUGGAAAAAAAAAGGAUGAAGCGUUAGAGGCUACCUACAUAAAAAUAAAUAAAUAUUUUUCCGAAUAUUUCUCGCUACUUUUUAAAAACAGAAAAGCUAGUUUGGUGUUAAAGAAAAUGAGCGAAAAGGAGUACCACGACAAAUUAAAGGAAAUGAGUGAAAAAAAGAUAAGGAAAAAAGCGAUCGAUGACGAAGUGUAUGUUGAUAAAAUUACGGGAAUUUCUAUAAAUAUCACCUCAAAUGAAGAUGAGAAAAUGCAUUAUACAAUUCAAGAAUUGUCAGGGGGGGAAAGAAGCAUUGUUGCUAUUUGUCUGUUUUUGUGUCUAAAUAAAAUUGAUAAUUUUUCAUUUUUCUUUUUUGAUGAAAUUGAUGCCGCACUGGAUACAGUACACAGGGAUAAUCUCUCAUUGCUACUUAAGGAACUAGCUCGAAGAGGAACACAAUUCAUAAUUACAACAUUUAGAAAAGAAUUGUUGGAAUACUGCGAAAACAUGUACAUAGUCAAAAUUAUAGAUAGAGAAAGCUAUAUUUCCAAAGGGACCAAAAAGGAGGCAUACGAAAUAAUUAGCAUUGAAGAAAAAAAUGCCUUAGAAAAUUAG